CGUGGGUUCAUGUGCGAGAUGCAGACGCGCACUACAUGCCUCCCGCAAUCCACACAAAGCAUCAAUGCGCGGUAUGCAACAAGGUCUACUCCACCAAUAGCCAUCUUCGUCGGCAUGAAGCGUCACAUUUUGGCCGGCAAGACUUGACAUGUCCAUCAUGCCAUGCGCAGUUUACCCGACGAGACCUCGCUCGACGCCACUUGUCAAACUGCUCUUCUGCUCAAGGCAAUGACGUGAAUUUACCCACAUUGAGGCGCGGCAGAAAGCGGCUUUCAUGUGAUGCAUGUUCGCAGCGGAAGGUGUCAUGCGAUACCAAGACGCAGUGUGCGCGUUGUCGCAUUAGUGGCGCGGUGUGUACGUAUAAGCGGCUGGACGGCGUUUCUUUGGGCGUUACUUCAUCCGUCGGAAGGAGCCAUAACGCCAAUGAAAGCAAUGCCAACGGACAGCGCGUGGGCAUCUCCAUCGACUUCCUCCUCAAUUUCACGAAUCCCUCAGGCUAUCGCCCAUCCGCUGCCAUCGCCGCUGAAGCUGCUGAGCUGGACGACCAGGAUGGCGUGACGCUCGCACAACCAGACACACAUGACCAAGACAUGGCGCACGACCAGUCAUUCUUCGAGUUCGCUGACAUCCCCUCCGUAUUCUUUGGUUUCCCAUUUCUGGUGUCAGGGAGAGAAUACGAUUAUCAAUCUCUGAUCAAAAACGAUAGUCUAACACCUGAACUGGAAGAUGCGUACGCCUUGGAAGUCCGUGUGAGAGAGAUGCUACAGCAGUUGUCUGCUAAGCACAUCUCGAUGCUUGAAUGCAAUGAUGCAUUUGAUGCGACAUUUGACUAUCAACUUGCGGAAGCCGUCUUCACAGUCAGGAACGUGCGGCACUUUGUGUGGGCUUUCUUCCGCUACUUUCACUACUCUUUUCCUAUUUUGCACAAUCCGACGUUCGAUAUACAAACAGUAUCUUUUCCGCUUUUACUCACGCUUGUCUUGUUCGGGUCGAUGACGGCUUUAGAGUCGGAUGCUUCCAUUGGGAUACGAAGGUUCUCACACGUUGCAGAGGCAUAUAUAUUUGAUCAAUUGGUAUCACGGCAGAUGUUGCAAGCUGAUCAAUCGGUAUUGGUUGAUGAUGAGCAUCUUCAGCUGUUGCAAGCAGGUCUAUUGUUCUUGGUCUUUCUGAACAACAGUAACGAAAUCGUCACAAGACGGCGAAUCCGCCUUCAGCGAAUUCCGUCGCUGGUGACAGCGGUGCGAGCUUCAGGCUUGUUUGCGCACAAACAAAACCACAUCGUUCCCGGUCAACAUGAGUAUGACUGGCAAGGUUUCAUCAACGAUGAGAUGCGAUUGAGAUUGGGUAUGUGGACCUGCUUCUUCGAUACCACCCUCUCCAUAUUUUUCAACAAUACCCCACAAGUUGCCAUCUGUGAGACGACAGGUGGUCUGCCCUGCGAGGAGACUCUGUUCAGAGCUGAGACCGCCGCCGACUUCGCGCGCCUUGCAUCGCUUCAGCUUCCGCGACCACGAGCGGAUACAUUACCCGAGCUCAUGUCAAGUGUGCUUCUUUGUCCUGUUUCAAGGCAUGCGGAUGAACGGAAAGAGCGCGUUUCACCACUUAACAUGCUGAUACUUAUCUGCGCACUGCUAUCUAUCGUCAUGACAUCCAGGAUGAGUCUCCUCACGUCUAUAAGCACAGAGCCGAUGCUUCAGGCCAUCGACCGAUGGAAGGCUCUCUGGGAUGUGGUGAGCAAAGACAGCGAAGGAGGAAACUUGCCCAAUCUGAGGUUCGAGAAGCACGCCGUAGAUUACUGGUGGCUUACGAAGACUCUCCUGAGGGUGUCAAAGUCGGGUGACAGGAGUUGUCGGUAUAUGCAGCCUGUGCCUUGUGAUUCGGCGCAGGACUUGCAUGAUUUUGUCAGGAGGUAUAAGGAUUUUGUUUUGUAGGCAGUGUUGCGCUCAGAUACAGUCAAAUACGUUAUCACACAGUCGGUCGAGC